AUGGCACGUCAGUCGUCAGUGUACAUCGGGAACCACGCAAGUAUACCGUCAUCCGUGACUCCAGGACUUUGUUAUAAAAACUUGGGCAAGUCAGGAUUGCGAGUGCCCAACAUUGGUCUCAGCCUGUGGACUAUGCUCAACGAAGAUGUCGCUGAAGACCUCGUCAUGACAGCUCUCGAGAAUGGAAUCAAUCUAAUUGAUUUAUCUAAAGCUCAUAACACACAGGGUGAAGCAGAAUUGGGCAGAAUACUGAAGAAAAGAAACGUUAAUCGAUCCAGUAUUAUUAUUACAACCAAAAUCUAUUGGAGUACUAAGUGUGAAGAAAGAGGUCUAUCUCGAAAACAUAUAACAGAAAGCGUGAAGGAGUCAUUGGGGAGGCUUCAGCUAGAGUACAUAGACUUAGUUCUUCUACAUAAAACGGAUCCUGUAUGUCCGAUGGAAGAAUUGGUCCGAACAAUGGACUGCCUCAUAAACCAAGGUUUUGUGAUGUAUUGGGGCACAGCGCGCUGGACUCCAACCGAGAUUAUGGACGCGUACUCUAAGUGUCGAAUUUUCAAUUGCUGUCCGCCGGUCGUCGAGCAGACAGAGUACCAUAUGUUCUGUCGUGAAAAGACCGAACUGUAUAUGCCAGAAGUGUAUCAUAAAAUUGGAGUGGGAACUAUGGUGUGGUCUGCACUAACUACUGAUGAAUCUCGCUUCAACCGCAAAUACAGCACAUUCAGCUCGUGGGAGGAGGAACUCGUUGCUAGCAAUGAACUCGAAAACAAUGAAUCUACAGUAGCCGAAGAGUCACGAAGUUUCAAGGGCAAACUGAAAGCUCUCUCCGACCUAGCCAAUGCCAUGAAUUGCUCGAUAAGGCAGUUGUCGGUGGCGUGGUGUCUUAAAAAUGAAAAUAUAACCUGCUUACUUCUAGGCGCUACAAGUGUCGAACAAUUCAAAGAAAAUAUACACGCACUGCAGAUCGUGCCUCAAUUGUCUAAGGCGGUGAUUUUGGACAUCGAAAAAAUUUUGGCAAACAAACUAGACACUGCUGAUGGCACAGAGAUGCCGAAAGAAGAUGACGUGGAAGCCAACGUUUCAACCCCCGAGAAGGAGGAAGUAGUCAGGGGUUGUGCGGUUCAAUGGUGUUGGUGGAAACGAAACUCUGACGCGGCUUCCAAGACUAGUAAAUCUAAGGUCAGGGCAAACAACCAGCAUCUGGAGGCAGCAAGGGUAAGAAAGGCACGUUCUGGCUCGCUGCACCGCUCCACGUCAGGGCAAUUGGCGAGCUCCCGAGACCGUAAAAUAUCUAGGUUCAAUCUGGGAUCACCUGCUGAUGUAUAA